UCACUCUCUUCUUCCUCAGCUUCACAUACCUCUACUUUCAACAUCACAUGAGUGAAAACCACACUUUUCCAUCUCAAUUCCCACCCAUUUCCAAUUCCCACUUCUGCAAUCUAUCCAACUCUUACUUACCAUUUUCUGCGUCUUCCACACUCCUUUUGUCUUCUUCUUUUUCUGCAAAUUGGAAAGCCUACUAAUAUGUGUACAAUGGACAGUGGUUUGAAAUUGGAGCAGAAGUCACUGAUCAAUGAGCUGACACAAGGGAUGGAGAUAGCCAAGCAACUAAGAUUUCAUCUGAAUUCAGCAUCCUCUGCCGAAAACCGACAACUUUUACUACAGAGGAUUCUAUCUUCUUAUGAGAAGUCUCUGUUGAUUCUCAAGUCAUCGGCACCGACCACUGGCAUGACUGAGUCUUCUAUUUCUGGUGAUGGAAGUCCUCGGAGCGAGGACUGUAAUGGUGGGGGGUUUAAGGAUCAUCACCAGGACCAGAAUGUUGUCUCCAAGAAGAGAAAGGUAUUGCCCACAUGGACUGAUCAAGUGAGGAUUAGCUCAGAGAAUGGAUUUGAAGGGCCCAUUGAUGAUGGCUAUAGUUGGAGAAAAUAUGGGCAGAAAGACAUUCUGGGCACCAAAUAUCCCAGAAGCUAUUACAGAUGCACAAAUCGGAACAGUCAAAACUGUUGGGCUACAAAGCAAGUGCAACGAUCCGAUGACGACCCCACCGUAUUUGAGAUCAUAUACAAAGGGAGGCACGAAUGCAACCAGACCCCCCAUACAGCUCCACCAGCACCACCACCACCAGCAUCACUAGACAAGCAAAACAACCACCACCAACCACCCAAUAACAUGCACUUUAGAACAAGCUUAACAGUCAAUACUCACGACUUGGACACUAAAGACAUGACUUCUCCUCUCACUUCUCCUUCCACAUCAUUUGAAUGGAUGAAGAGCCAAAACCAAAACCAAAACCAAAAUUUCCCAAUUUCAAAACAUGUUCAUGACGAGUACCAAGACAGUUUUUCUCCAUACCAGAUGAUGAACAACUUUGGAGUGUUUCAUGAUUUGCAACAUUCAGGUUCUGAACUCACUGAAAUCAUCUCAACCAACAAUUCAGUUACCAAUUCUCCAAUUUUGGACCUGGGUUUCUCAAUCGACUCUGUUGUUGAUCUAGAUCCAAAUUUCCCAUUUGAUACCCCUGGAUAUUUCUAUUAAUUAAUUACAACGUUUGUGAGAAACCAAUAAAGCAAAUGUGAGAGAAAGCAUGAUUGUACAAAUUAGAAUCUAUGAGUUUCUAAGUUCCUGCCUAGAAAUUGAAGUUGAAUAUGGUAUAACAAACGAAUUUUGUAUUCAUAUCUGAACUUGCAAAUUAUUGUACUUUUGGUCUUGCUAGCAAUGUCCAUUGAAAACAUAUA